CUAGGAGAAAAGCAAAAGAAAAAUGGCAUUGAAAUUCGACAGUUUGAGUUUUCAGUCCCUAACACUUCCGGCUCUUCCAGCAAUGGCGAGUUUCCGAUCCCCCAAGUUUUGCAUGGCUUCCAAGAAAGUUGAGAAUUCGAGAGUUAGAUGCAUGGCUCGUCGGGGAAAACAAGUUGAAGUCACACAUUCGAUGCCCCCACAAAAGAUCCAGAUCUUCAAAUCGUUGGACAAUUGGGUGGAGAAGAACAUCCACGUUCACCUGAAACCAGUUGAGAAGAGUUGGGAACCCCAAGAUUUUCUUCCAGAUCCCACAUCGGAUGGAUUUUAUGAGCAGGUCCAAGAGUUGAGGGAAAGCGCAAGAGAGAUUCCAGAUGAUUACUUUGCUGUUUUGGUUGGCGAUAUGAUCACGGAAGAAGCUCUUCCCACUUAUCAAUCGUUCCUUAAUAUGGCAGAUGGAGUUGGUGAUGAAACAGGUGCAAGUCUUUCUUCAUGGGCGAUUUGGACAAGGAAAUGGACAGCUGAAGAAAACAGACAUGGCGAUCUACUUAACAAGUAUCUUUACUUGUCUGGUCGAGUCGACAUGAGACAAAUCGAGAAGACAAUUCAAUAUUUAAUUGCUUCAGGAGCGGAUUUGAAGUUAGAGAACAAUCCAUAUCAUACGUUCAUCUACACAUCAUUCCAAGAAAGGGCAACUUUCAUUUCCCACAAGAACACGGCCAAACUCGCUACAGAGAACGGAGACAUCAAGUUGGCUAAACUAUGUAGUUUCAUCGCCGCAGACGAAAAGCGACACGAGACGGCCUACACUAAGAUCAUCGAAAAGCUGUUUGAGAUCGAUCCCGAUGAAACCGUCCGAGCAUUUGCCAAUAUGAUGAGGAAGAAAAUCACGAUGCCUGCUCACUUGAUGUACGACGGAAUAGACGAAAACCUUUUCGACCACUUCUCGAAUGUUGCACAGAGACUUGGGGUUUACACCAUCAAAGACUACACAGAUAUUGUGGAGUUCUUGGUGGACCGAUGGAAGGUGGAGGACCUAACUGGACUUUCGGCUAAUGGGAGAAUAGCUCAAGAUUUUGUGUGUGAACUUCCUCAAAGGCUUAGAAGGUUGGAGGAGAGGGCUCUAUUAAGGGCUAAGCAGGCAUCCAAUGUGCCCUUCAGUUGGAUUUCUAGCUGAGCCUGUAGGACUUAUUAGUGUGUUUCAUGGACCUGUCGUUUGUUUUUCUAGUGUUUUGUUGAUGUUGUCUUAUGUUUGUGUAUUUGGGGUGUUUCUUGUUGAUUUACCCACGUAGUAACUAAUGUACGACUUUUGACAUAAAUAAUAAAGCUACUGGCUACUUCUCUUUA